UGUGUCCUGUAUGUUCUUGUCUAGUCUCUCCUGUUUCUCCUAAUUAUUUAUUUACUGGUCUAUGCUCCCCAUUCAUGCCAUUCUCCUUAGAAAAGAAGAAGAGGAAUAAAACUAUUAUAAUGCUUGGUCUCUCUUCAACCAAGACAACAUUGAAUUGAAUCGAAAAUUGCCUUCGUCCAAGUUCCAUUUUCAAUAACAUUCAGCAACAGCCAACAACAUAGAUCAGUGAUUUCUGUUGAUUUACAUUAUCGAUUUUAUGCUCGCCACUUGUAAUGCUGCGAUUGUCCACUAGCCUCGCUCAGGGUUAUGACUAGGGAACUGUGAGGCAAGAGCUCAGGAUACGCACUCCUACCAGGCCUACAGGAAGGCUGAAAAUGCAAUAUUGUGUACCUACCUGCAGCAACACUCCGGACCGUGCAUCCACGGCUGACGGAAUGGUCAGACUCGAUGCGAUUACUUUUCACGGUUUACCCAGUGAAGAAUGUCUCCGUGCAGCUUGGCUAAGAUCUCUCGGCAAACAAGACACUCAGCUCCCCGACUCUGCUGCGGUCUGCAUGCAGCAUGUCAUAGAUGACAUAUAUGAAACAGAAAAUGGUUUCAGGGAAAUUGAAACUGGAGCCAUUCCUUCAAUAGUGCAGGUUUGCAUGUUAUGCCUGGAUACGGACAGUAGGCUAUUUCUAAUGAGUAAACACAAAUUGGAACAAGCGUAUGAACAAUUGACCGGAUAUUCUAUGUUCCAGUCGUGUGAUCAAGGAAAUCUGAGGCAGACACUUUGCGCACACUGCGCUCAGAGAUUGAUGAACUUCAGUAGAUUUAGAGACCAGACCUUGAAGGCCCGUUCACUGAUGCUGGACUUAGUUGAGAAGCAUAAAAUUAUUACAUUGCAACAUAUACAGUCGGUAAAACAUACAGAUUACCGACCGAAGAUCAAUUUAAUAUCAACAAUCCUAGGACCUGACCACUUCGACUUUCACGUAGAACAUCCUGAUGUAGAUACACCAACAGAAUUCGAGAAAGCUGUAGAAGUUAAAAAAGAAGUUUACUAUGAUACUGUGAUGGGUGAUGAAGGCAUAAAACUGUUGAAUGAAGAUGGCAAACAAGUUCACAAUAACAACGACGAGUUAAUUGGAACUAUUGAAAAAGAAGAAAUGGACAAAAAUCUUUGUGAAAGUGCCACCUUUGGAUGUACACUUUGCUUUGAGGAGUUUAAACAUGAACAUGAGUACAAUGAGCAUGCGAGCGGGAAUUUCCAGAGCGGAGGUGGUGAGGUCCAAUGCGAAACGAGCAAGCCUUGUACAGCAGCAAGCUCGCGCUGUGCCGCUUCAAACUCCUCGGAGCUCAAGUAUGCAGUUCAAAAUUCGGAUGAUGUCUCUCACACUUCCGCAGAGUUAGCUCAUAUUUCAGCUGGGGGACUCGCAGAACUUAAAGAUAACAAAAUAGAAAUGUUUUCAACUGCAAAAACGGAUACAAUAAUAAAGAGAGAAUUAGUACAUUCUAUUAAAGAUGGGGACAACAAAUCUGACACCAGCUUUAAAACAAACAUAAACAUCAAGGACGAUUUCAAAGGACUUAAGAAAUCGCCAAUAUAUAUUAGUUCUUGCGACAGUCGGUGUGAGAUUCCGGUGAUACGAAGCACGUGCGUUACACGAAACACUGUACAAAAUGCCAUGAAUUUACAAUUGAAUAAUUCUCAAGGUAGUUUACGCCCACGUACUGAGGCACAGGUGUACAUUUGUGCAGUUUGCAAUAAAACCUUCAUAAGUAAAAAUUCGUUGUCCAAACACAUAAAUAAUCACAAUAGACUAAAGCGGUACAGUUGUAAAUACUGUCCGUACAUAAGUAAAUUCAAGCAUCAUGCUGAUAUGCAUAUGCAAACUCACACCGGUGAAAAGCCUUAUUCGUGUGAUCUAUGCGAAUAUAAAUGUGCGCGGAGUAAUAAUUUGGCGAGGCAUAUGCGAACUCACACAACUAAAAAGAUUAGUUAUUGUAAGUUAUGCGAUUAUAAAAGCGACAGAAAUAGUGAUUUGGCAUUGCAAAUGCUGACUCACACCGGAAAAAUGCCAUAUUCUUGUAAUAUAUGCGAGUAUAAAAGCACAAAUAAUAAUAGCCUAGUGAUGCACAUGAGAACUCACACAGGCGAAAAGCCUUACUCUUGUAAGAUAUGCGACUAUAAGUUUUCACAAAACAGUCACCUGCAUCGUCAUAUGCUAACUCACUCUGGUGAAACGCCCUAUUCUUGCAACUUAUGCGAAUAUAAAUGCGCAUAUAACAUUAAUUUAUUGAAGCACAAGCGUACGCACAGUAGAGAUAAAAAUUACUUUUGUAAUGUAUGCGACUAUAAAUGUGCCAAAAAUAGUCACCUUGUGUUGCACAUGAGAACACACACUGGCGAAAAGCCAUAUUCUUGUGAGGUAUGCGAGUACAAAUUUGCUAGAAACAGUCAUCUGCGGCGACACAUGAUCACACAUUCUGGUGAAACUCCAUAUUCUUGUAAGUGGUGCGACUAUAAAUGCGCACAAAAAUGUUACUUAGUGUCGCACAUGCGAACUCACACUGGCGAAAAGCCUUAUUCUUGUAAAUUAUGCAAGUACAAAUGUGCACAUAAUACUGCACUAAUAAAGCACAUGAAAACACACACCGGUGAGAAACCGUUCUCGUGUAAAUUUUGCGAUUACAGAUCUGCACAGAACAGUGCACUGGUGAUGCACAUGAGAACUCACACUGGCGAGAAGCCGUAUUCUUGUAGGCUAUGCGAGUAUAAAUGCGCACGUAAAGGCUCCCUAGUAUUCCACAUGAGAACUCACACCGGCGAGAAGCCAUUCUCUUGUGAGCUAUGUGAUUACAAAUGUAAAGCCAAAUACGGAAUUAUAUGUCACAUGCGAGUACACACCGGUGAGAAGCCUAUAUCUUGCGAGCUGUGCCAGUUCAAAUGCGUCCGAAACAGUAGCUUAGUGAAGCACAUGAGAACUCACACUGGUGAGAAGCCAUUUGCUUGUUCCUUCUGCGAUUUCAAAUGCGCACUAAAAAGUUACCUAGUGAUUCACAUGCGAAUACAUACCGGCGAAAAACCAUUUUCGUGUACGCUGUGCGAUUACAAAUGUAUACGUAACUCUCAACUGACGAGUCACAUGCGAAUCCACACGGGUGAAAAGCCGUACUCUUGUAAGUUAUGCGACUUCAAAUCCGCCGAAAGUAGUGUCCUGGUGACGCACAUGGCAACGCACACCGGCGUAAAGCCGUUUGCGUGCAACUCGUGCGACUAUAAAUGUGUUAAAAAAAGUUAUUUAGUGCGGCACAUGGUCAUCCACUCGGGCGAAAAGCCUUAUUCGUGCAAUUUAUGCGAUUACAAAUGUGCACUGAAAGGUAAUUUGGGGCUGCACAUGGCGACGCACAGUGGUGAGAAACCGUAUUCGUGUAAGUUGUGCGAGUACAAAUGUUCGUGUAAAGGCAGCUUAGUGAAGCACAUGAAAACGCACUCCGGCGACAAGCCUUUCUCUUGUGCGUUGUGCAAGUUCAAAUGCGUGCAGAACAGCGAUUUAGUGAAGCACAUGAGGACACACACCGGUGAAAAGCCUUUCCCUUGCGACGUGUGCGAGUAUAAAUGCUCGAACAAGGCUUAUUUGAUGAAGCACAUGACAAUUCACACCGGUGUCAAACCGUUCUCUUGUAAGCGAUGCGAAUAUAAAACUGCGCAUAAAAGUAAGCUAGUGUGUCACAUGAGAACUCACAAGGAUUAAAAUUAAAAAAUAAUGUUUUUUUUUUAUUUGAAUAUUUAA